GAAAAAUUCUGAAUUUUGGAGUCUUAUUGUUAUUUUCAGGACAAUAAGGCUUUCCCUGCCUUUAAAGCAAGACACUUUUUCCUUAUCUCUUCUUUUAAUUUUCUUUUUUACACCUUUUUGACGAUUACCGCGUUUCGUGGUUUCGAAACUAUGUUCAUGGGUUUUCCUUUCCUAACUUAAUGGAAGGCUGGGAAAGGCUCUGUUUUUGCUCAUCUCCUCCUUUCCUCAGGGAAAUAACGAAUCUAUAUUUUUGUGCAGCUCUGAUGAGGAAACACCUAGCUCAAAAAUUCCUGGAAAAUUUUCUCAAAAAUCCAGAAAACUCAAAAAAUUUAACUUUUCAGCAGCUAGAUCAACUAAAUACGCAUCCACAAUUUUGUUGUUAUCUUCUCUUUAUUCUCAGCAAGCUUAUGAAUGAGCAGGUUCAGAUUCGAGCAAUGAGCGGUUUACUUUUAAAGAACACAAUAAAAAAUAAUUGGCCAAAUUUGCCGGAACCUAUAAAAUUGUAUGUUAAAAGAAAUUGUUUUGGAGCUAUUGGAGACGCUUCUGCACUUGUUAGGGCAACUGUUGGAAUAAUUAUAACAACAAUAUUUUUACAUGAAAAUGUUGAAAAGUGGCCGGAGUUAUUGCCUACAUUAUGCCAUUUUUUGGAGACUCAUGACAACAAUUUUAAUGAGGGCACCCUUGGAGCAUUACAAAAAAUAUGUGAAGAUUCCGCUGCUUGUUUUCGACCGGAAGAUGUUAAUUUAUUAAUUGAAAAAGUUCUUCCUUUUUUCAACUCUCCAAUUGGCAAACUACGCGCUCUUUCAGUAAACGCAGUAAAUUGUAUUCUUUUGGUGCAUAAUGAGUCAAUUUCUGGAGUGAUUGACCCUUUUUUGCAAUGUUUGUUUAGAUUGGCUAAUGAUGAUGAUCAGGAAGUUCAAAAACAACUUUGCCGUGCACUUACUCUCUUGUUAGAAAGUUUUAUCGAAAAAAUUGCUCCACAACUUCCAAAUAUUGCUGAAUUUAUGCUUUUACGCACAGAUGAUACAAAUAAUGAAGAAACUGCUUUGGAAGCCUGUGAAUUUUGGUUAGCAUUUGCUGAAAGUCCACAAAUUUGUAAAGAAGUUUUGGCACCAAUUCUUGGAAAAUUACUUCCUGUUUUAAUUAAAUGCAUGAGAUAUUCUGAAACGGAUAUUAUUUUAUUGAAGGGAGACGUAGAAGACGAUGCAAAUGUUCCUGAUAGAAUUGAAGACAUUAAACCUCGUUUUCACAGAGCUAGGACUCAAGGCUUAGGAGCAUCUUCACAUCAAGACGGUGAAAAUAAUAAUACAAAUCAACAGGCUGGAAAUAAUAAUAAUAAUGAAAGUGAUGAUGAAGAAGAUUUUGGUGAUGAAAGUGAUGAUGAUUCUAGUACAGAAUGGAAUUUAAGAAAAUGUGCUGCUGCCUCAUUAGAUGUUCUUUCUGGUGUAUUUAGCGAUGAUUUUCUUGUAUAUUUAUUACCAAUUUUAAAAGAUACUUUAUUUUCAGAACAUUGGGAGAUUAAAGAAAGUGGAAUUUUGGCGUUAGGUGCAGUUGCUGAAGGUUGUAUGAAUGGAAUGACCCCCCAUUUACCAAAUUUAAUACCUUAUUUGAUCAACUCGCUCCAACAUACACGCGCUCUAGUUCGCUCAAUUACAUGUUGGACACUCUCUCGUUAUUGUCAUUAUGUUGUUCAACAACCACAGGGUCCAAUGUUUAACCAAUUGCUCAAAGAGUUGUUAGCACGUAUUUUGGAUAGAAACAAACGUGUACAGGAGGCUGCUUGUUCUGCUUUUGCUACCUUUGAAGAAGAAGCUAGUCACGAACUUGUUCCUUACCUAGCGGAGAUACUUGGCACUUUGGUUGAAGCCUUCAAACGAUACCAGGCCAAAAACCUGUUAAUUUUCUACGAUGCAGUUGGAACUUUAGCAGAUAGUGUUGGUUCCAAUUUGGCAGAUCCACCAUUUGUAGAUAUGUUAAUGCAACCUUUAAUGGCUAAAUGGGCAAUACUUAAAGAUGAUGAUAAAGAAUUAUUUCCUUUACUUGAAUGUAUUUCAUCUGUAGCAACAGCUUUACAUUGCUCAUUUCUUCCAUAUGCUGAACCUGUGUUUCAACGUUGUGUUCAUAUUAUUUCUAACACGUUACAACAAAGUCAGGCAGCUGCAGCAGCAACUUCUUCAGCAACACAGCAAGCUCUAAACGACCAAACAGAUAAAGACUUUUUAAUUGUUGCAUUGGACCUUCUUUCAGAAUUAACUGAAGCUUUACGUGAUUAUAUUGAGCCAUUAGAUUCAACAAAUGAAGUCCGCCAAAGUUCUUUUGCAUUAUUAGGAGAUUUAUCCAAAGCAUGUUAUUCUUAUCUACAACCAAAUGUACACCAAUUUAUACCAAUUCUUGCCCAAAAUUUAAAUCCUGAACAUGUUUCUGUUUGUAAUAAUGCGAUAUGGGCACUUGGAGAGAUUUCUUUAAAUAUUGGUGAACAAAUGAGACAAUAUGUCCCAAUAAUUUUGCCACAACUCAUUAUUGUGAUGAAUCGGGAUAAAGGACCAAAAACGCUGCUUGAAAAUACUGCAAUCACACUUGGCCGAUUUGGACUUUCUUGUAGUUCAGACGUAUCACCUUUCUUGUUUGACUUCAUCCGUCCAUGGUGUUUGGCUUUAAGAAAUGUUCGUGACAAUGAUGAAAAAGAGAGUGCUUUUCGUGGACUUUGCUUAAUGAUAAAUUGUAAUCCUCAAGGAGUUGCAAAUUGUUUUAUAUUUUUGUGUGAUGCUAUAGCUUCUUGGCAAACACCUAGUGAUGAAUUGCGUUUCAUGUUUGGUCGGAUCCUCUCAGCAUUUAAACAACAAGUUGGCCAUGAAAAUUGGAAUAAUUUUGUGGCCCAAUUCCCGCCAGCAUUAAAACAAAAGCUUGGGACCCAGUAUCAGCUUUGAUGCUUUUGGAAUAUUUUAAAGUUUGCGCGCGGGUUUUUUUGGCUCUGAAAAA